AUGGCUUCCACGCUCCAAGACACUCUCUCCAAACUCAAUCUCGAUGCCGAUUUCGCCUCCUCCGCCCCCAAUCUUCGCAAAAACCUCAAUCUCCUCUCGCCAGACCAGAUUGAGCUGGCGAAGCUUCUGUUGGAGAUGGGGCAGAGUCAUUCGUUUGAGCACUGGCCAGAGCCUGGCGUUGAUGAUGAAGAGAAGAAGGCAUUUUUUGACCAGGUGGCUCGGCUUAAUUCAACCUAUCCCGGUGGUUUGGCAUCAUAUAUCAAAUCUGCUAGAGAACUCUUAGCAGAUUCAAAAACAGGAAAAAACCCUUUUGAUGGAUUUACUCCUUCUGUUCCAACGGGAGAAUCCUUAACUUUUGGCAAUGAUAACUUCAUCGAGUUUGAGGAGAGGGGUGUCAAAGAAGCCCAAUAUGCUGCAUUUGUUCUCGUUGCUGGGGGACUAGGGGAACGUCUUGGAUAUAAUGGAAUUAAGGUGGCUCUUCCAAUGGAGACUACUUCGGGAACAUGUUUCUUACAACAUUACAUUGAAUCUAUCUUGGCUCUUCAGGAGGCUAGCUGUAGACUAAACGAAGGUGGAUGUCAAAAGGAUAUUCCAUUUGUAAUCAUGACAUCUGAUGACACACAUGCACGUACAAUUGAUCUUUUAGAAUCAAAUUCUUACUUUGGGAUGAAACCUACUCAAGUAAAGCUUCUUAAGCAGGAAAAAGUUGCAUGCUUAGAAGAUAAUGAUGCUAGGCUUGCUGUUGAUCCAAAUAACAAAUACAGAAUCCAGACAAAACCUCAUGGGCAUGGAGAUGUGCAUUCACUUCUUUAUUCUAGUGGACUUCUUGACACAUGGCGAGAUGCUGGUUUGAGAUGGGUUCUCUUUUUCCAGGACACUAAUGGUCUUCUAUUCAAGGGAAUUCCAGCUGCAUUGGGUGUUAGUGCGAUCAAGCAAUACCAUGUCAAUUCACUUGCUGUUCCACGCAAAGCAAAAGAAGCUAUUGGGGGGAUAGCCAGACUUACUCAUACCGAUGGAAGGUCAAUGGUGAUCAACGUGGAGUACAAUCAGCUUGAUCCUCUCCUCAGAGCUACUGGAUAUCCAGAUGGAGACGUCAAUUGUGAGACAGGCUUUUCUCCUUUCCCAGGGAAUAUAAACCAAUUGAUUUUGGAACUUGGUCCUUACCUUGAGGAACUCAAGAAAACAGGAGGUGCUAUCAAGGAAUUCGUAAACCCAAAAUAUAAGGAUGCUACAAAAACUUCCUUCAAGUCCUCUACCAGGCUAGAAUGUAUGAUGCAGGACUAUCCAAAAACAUUGCCUCUAUCUGCAAGGGUUGGAUUCACGGUUAUGGAUGCAUGGCUUGCUUAUGCACCCGUGAAGAAUAACCCUGAGGAUGCUGCUAAGGUGCCCAAAGGAAACCCAUACCACAGUGCAACUUCGGGGGAAAUGGCAAUCUAUCGUGCAAACAGUCUGAUUCUCAGGAAGGUUGGUGUCCAAGUUGAGGAUCCUGUACAGCAGGUAUUCAAUGGCCAAGAAGUAGAAGUAUGGUCCCGUAUCACAUGGAAGCCUAAAUGGGGAUGUGUUUUUUCAGAGAUCAAAGGAAAAGUUAGUGGAAGUUGCUCCGUUUCUCAACAAUCUACAAUGGUCAUUAAGGGCCGCGAUAUCUUUCUUGGGGAUCUCUCCUUGGAUGGAGCGCUUAUUGUUGAAUCUGUUGAUGAUGCAGAGGUUAAAGUUGGAGGUUCAGUGCAGAACAAAGGUUGGGUCCUUGAAAAUGUCGAUUACAGAGAUACCUCAGUACCCGAAGAAAUAAGGAUUAGGGGUUUCAGAAUCAAAAAAGUUGAACAGCUUGAAAAGAAAUUUGAUGAGCCUGGAAAGUUCUCUCUUUGAAGCCUCGAGGAUUAAUUUGUACAAGGAUUCUGCAUUUUCUUUCCAAAUCACAUUUUAUCUUUGCUUACAGACUGAUGUAUAAGCUAGAAAUAAAUCACCUUCUACCUCUGUCACUUUGUACCCCAAGCGGGGAUUGAAUUUUUCAUUACAAGAUAAGAUGAGGUGAGGUGACCAGUUGGAAACAUUGUAAUCUCUCUUUGUUUAGGUUUAAAAGUUUUUUACUUCUCAUUCUUUAUCUUCUAAGAUGAAGAACAGUAUACUAUAAUAACAGAUGCAGUUUGUUGAUACAUGAACAUUUUUCCCUGCCGCUGAUUUUACAGGGGUCUA